GGCGCCUAAUCUGCUUGGCUCCGCGUGCGAAAGGUUCCUGUCUUCACCAGUGUGGUAAGCACCCACUUUUGCGGGUCUGAACAAGUCCUGCGCUUUGCUUUCGCAACCCCAUUCUCUGGAACCACGAGAAUGUUUGUGAAUUGCAGACGGAGGCCGCUGAAGCCCUGGAUUGGCUAAUUACAGAGAUACUGGAGGGUCCGAGUCCUAAAGGCUGAUCUGACUGCGCGCGGCGCUCGGAUUAGAAGCGGCGAAUGCCCAUCGAGCAUCCAUGCCCUGCCACUCCCUUUCUGGAAGGACAGAAAUUGAAGUUUCCUGAAUUCUGAGAGAACACGUUGGUUGAUCCGGCACUGUAUCCUAAUGGAUACCGUGGAUUGGGUCUUAGGAGAUGCAAAAUACGAGUAAAGAGAGGAAACCGGCAGGAGCCUCCCGUUACGUUCAGAGACGUCAGUCAAGGGAUAGGCGAGUACAAACGCCAGUCAACACAGUUCUUGUGAAGGUACCACCCGAACCGGGCGGAAGGGAGAGAAAGAGCUCUUCUCGAUUGGGCCACAAGGAAGGCAGUCCCGCCCUCUGUGCUCCACGAUUGGUUAAGCUCAAGCCGUGCCCCUCACGUCGGCAGCCAACAGUUUGACAAGUGGGCAGCUCUCGCCCCACUUGCCGCUUCCGCCGGGUUAGUGGGAAGGAGUCCGAAAGGGGCUCACUGGGCUCCUGACCAGGUCCGACGUAGAUCCGGGAGACGCGCGCUAUCUGAACGGUGAGGGAACGCUAAUCGGCGGCGAGAAAGAGGCCCCACGGGGAAAGAAUGAAGUUCUGCAAUCGGAAGCGUCUUCCGUGAGGCGUGGCUUCCGGAAGUGUGGCGAACCCUCAGCAGCACCCGGAAGUGUGAUGCUGCUGCUGCUCCGGGAAGUGUCGGUGUCCGGCGGGGGAGAUUCAGGGUUGAAACAGGGAUGUGCAGAUGGAGGCCGGAGGGGACAGUGCUGCCCCAUCCCCCGGGGCCGAGGAAGGCUUGGAGGACCUGCCGUUCCCCAGUGAAGAGACUGGAGACAGUGGAGGGAUUCACACGGCUGUGCCCGAUCCCGGAGACGACGGGGACCUGGAGGAAACAGGAUCCAAGGCCGAGGACCAGUCACCCAGCCUCCUGUCACAACUGCCCCAGUCAGAGGCCCCAUCAAGUACCAGUGAGCACUGGAGUACUGCAGCCUCGGACAGUAGUCCCAUUCAUGGCCCGGAGAGUGACUCCAGUGGCGGGGACCCCAGUGGCGGGGACCCCAGUGAUGAGGACUGGCGCAGCCAGCGGAAGCAUGUGUUUGUGCUGAGUGAGGCUGGCAAGCCCAUCUACUCACGGUACGGUAGUGUGGAGGCGCUGUCGGCUACAAUGGGCGUGAUGACAGCCCUCGUGUCCUUCGUGCAGAGUGCUGGAGAUUCCAUCCGCGCCAUCUACGCUGAGGACCACAAGCUGGUGUUCCUACAGCAGGGCCCACUGCUGCUGGUGGCCGUGUCCAGGACUCCUCAGUCAGCAGCGCAGCUGCGGAGGGAGCUCCUGGCUGUGCACGCCCAGAUCGUGAGCACUCUGACGCGAGCAAGCGUGGCCCGCAUCUUCGCACACAAGCAGAACUACGACCUCCGCCGCCUGCUGGCUGGCUCGGAGCGGACUCUGGACCGGCUUUUGGACAGUGUGGAACGGGACCCGGGUGCCCUGCUGCUAGGGGCCGUGCGCUGCGUGCCCCUUGCCCGCCCAUUGCGGGAAGCCCUGGGUGCCCUGCUGAGGCGCUGCACAGCACCCGGGCUGGCACUGUCAGUGCUGGCAGUUGGGGGCCGGCUGAUAACAGCUGCCCAGGAGCGCAAUGUGCUGGCUGAGUGCCGACUGGACCCUGCAGACCUGCAGUUGCUGCUGGACUGGGUGGGUGCACCAGCCUUUGCGGCAGGUGAGGCCUGGGCACCUGUAUGCCUGCCCCGCUUUAACCCGGAUGGUUUCUUCUAUGCCUAUGUGGCCCGACUGGAUGCCAUGCCCGUCUGCCUGCUGCUGCUCGGCACCCACCGUGAAGCCUUCCAUGCCAUGGCCGCCUGCCGGCGCCUGGUGGAAGAUGGAAUGCGGGCCCUCGGUGCCCUGCGUGCCCUUGGGGAACCUGCCAGCCUCUCUAAUGCCCCAACAGCCAAUGCCCCUGCCUACAGUGUGCAGGCUGUGGGGGCACCUGGUCUCCGGCACUUUCUUUAUAAGCCACUGGACAUCCCUGACCACCACCGCCAGCUGCCCCAGUUUACCAGCCCCGAGCUGGAGGCCCCAUACAGCAGAGAGGAGGAGCGGCAGCGGCUGUCGGACCUGUACCACCGCCUGCACGCCCGCCUGCACAGCACCUCCCGACCCCUGCGCCUCAUCUACCACGUGGCCGAGAAGGAGACGCUGCUGGCCUGGGUGACCUCCAAAUUUGAGCUCUAUACCUGCCUCAGCCCCCUGGUGACAAAGGCAGGUGCCAUCUUGGUAGUGACCAAACUUCUGCGCUGGGUGAGGAAAGAAGAGGACCGGCUCUUCAUUCGUUACCCACCUAAGUAUUCCACACCCCCAGCCACCUCUACGGACCAAGCUCCCAAUAAUGGCUUAUUCACUGGACUCUGAAUGGUGGUGCUCCCAGACUGCUGGGAGUGACCAUCUUGGGUCUCUGACCUGGAAGUGUGGGUGGGUCGGUUGUCUUUGGCUGGUCCCUGUCUCCCUGGGCAGGCAGGCAAGAUCCAAGGCCUGCGCACAAGUGGGAGACGAGUGACAGCAGCCAGAGAUACAGGCUGCUCUUCCAGCCCCUUCAUCACUUCCAGCCCCGGGAAAAGGCUCUGCCCACCCUCUGCCUCACCUCCCCCAGCCUCUGUCAGGGGCUAUCCCCUAAACCUCUCCCUAAAUCUGUCUCCUCAUUGGACUGUCAGUUCUGAGUGUCCAGGGCAGCCAGGAUUUCUGGGGUGGCCCAAAGGAGCUCUAGAACUGGGAAUAAAGGGUCAGCCUGUACCUGGAACUGACCGAAGGGUGUUUUAAAGAGAGAAAAAAAAAAAAAACCUGUACGUAAAAGGCUUAAAACCAAGCCCCUAAGGAUACUUGUUUGCCCUUCAUGUAUUUGUGUUCAUUUGUACCCUACCAGAAAGUAAGCUGCGUUGGUCUACAUUGGCUGCUUCUAAUAAUAAUGAGAAGGUAGCCUCCCUUGAAAAAGAGGACAUGUAGUGCCUGGUCUCAGACAGUGGCCAGGAUCAGGAAUUUUUUGCAUAGGAGGUGCCCUUAGUGUCUAAGGCUCGUUGUACUUCUCUAUGAAAUGGUCAUAACUUUGUCUCACAGACUAUUUAAUGAAGUUUUGCAAAUAGAACGGGAUUCAAACUCUUAUCCCAGACUUUGGCAACCUGCCACCACAAAAGCAUCCUGAAUAGAGACCUCCUUGGUUUGUGUGUGGUCCCCGUCCUCCCCACCCUCCCUCCCUCCCUCCCUAACUGCCCGGUGCCCUAGUCCUGCUCCUGUUGAACCUGUUACUGCCUCGCAGUGGUGCGCAUGCGUGCUAACUGUCCACCCGGAGCGCCCGGUACUGUGCGCCUGCUCGAAGCAAAUACUCGUCACUCCUCCAUCCCAGGUCAACCGAUGGAGUGAAUGUGCCAGGUCCCGAGCGAACUGCCCUUCGCCCUCACGUGGGUGUUAUUUUUUUAACUUAUCGUCGACCCAGGUGCACAAACAAACCCCGCGUUGGAAAAUGGCAGAGAAGCUGGGUUCUCUGAGCGAAGAGCCCGAAGCGCAGGAGCCCGCUGGAGGUAGCGUGAGGGUCCACGGUGGGCGCCUGCAGGGAGGGGCUCGGACCCUCGACAGUAACGAAUAGCGGUAGCAGUAGUUUAAAAAUGAAAUUUUAAACCUUUUAUUAUUGAAAGAAAACCAUUGCACACCGUGGCAUUAAGUAACAUGCACAGUCUCUUCACCCAGAUUAACUCUUGUCAACUUUGUUAAACAUGUUGCUUAGGUAUUUUGUAGUAAGUAAUUCGGUGUGCAUAUCUUCAAACAAAACCGGGAAGGGAUGUUCUAGCAAAACUCACCCAGCUGUUGCCACCUCUAAGAAAAUUAGCUUAUUCUCCAGUGUCAUUAUUUCAUACCAAGCCUAGAUCGCAUUUUACAAAAAUUCUUAAAUCUCCUAAUGAGAGUAUCUUUUCCACAGCUUUUCUCAAAUUGGCUUUGAGUUAAUCAUAAUAGCUCAUCCAGAGUAGUGAUAGGGAGGUGGCAUGGCCCAGGGACUCUGGGAAAUUGCAAUCUAGCCAAAAGGAAGGGGGGGAGAAAAAAUACUUCCCAGGGCUUAAGUAAUGUACUAAGAUGCUGCUAGUGAUUUUGUGUUAAAAGAAAUUUUCAGAAUGUACCAAAGUCAAGAAAAAGAGCAUGAUGAAUGCCUUAGUACCUGUCACUCUGCUUCACAGGUCUGGGUUCCAGCUUUCCUCUAUCUCUAACUCCCCUUCCUGCACACCCUUCACCCCUCUGUAUGAAUAAGCACAUCAGACUGCAACUUACAAGACUUACCUAUGCAGACAUCAAAAUGAUGAUGAUCUUCUUGUCUAUUAUCUGUCCUAGGAUGUGAGCCUCAUGAGAACCGAGACUGGUCCUUGCUGUUUUCUAGCACCUGAAAUAAUGUUUGGCACAUAGUUGGUGCUCAGUAAUUUUUUAAUUAUGUGAAUAAUGAAAUAAUUUGAAUACAGAUAAUUGUCUUAGAUUAGUCCAGCUUUCAAAAAAAGGAUAGAAAUAAGGCAGAUGCAAAUAGAUCCCAUUUAUUAGGCUUUUAAUAUCGAGGCCACUGAUUUUUUUAAAAACUUUUAAUAUCAACCUUUCAAAUUCCUCAGUUAAAGUUAUGAUUAACUUCAUCAGCAAUGGAGAAAAUUGAAAAUCAUCAAGUUACCAUUUCUAACCCAUCAAAUUGGCUUUAUAAAGGAAGGGAUAAUGUCUGGCAUUGAUUACUCUGUGGAAAUAAUAGGCUUUCUUUUGCCUAAGAGGAGAACUGACCAGAAAGGUUCUGCUAGGGGCAGUUUGGCAGCAUGUGUGUAGUAUCAUCUCAGUCACCAUGCUAGGUUGACGUAGGAGAGGGGACAACUACAUGAACCAGGAAUGGUCUUCAGAAUGUCAUUAAUGGAGGCAAAAUACAAGGAGUAAUUACAGCAAUUAUUAAAUCUCGGUAUGUUCAUGUACAUUGGGGGGUGCCUGUAGGUGGGUUAUUUUUUAAGAAGCGGAAAAAAUAACUUCUAAAUGGAUAUGAUCAUUGUUCAUUGACAGUAAGCGCCAAAGGAAGUCAUCAUCACUAGUGAAGAGGGAGAUGGUCAGAUAUCGCCUUUAGUGUGUUAAACACAAGAAAUGAAGAAAACAUACAGCCCAGCUGGUAGCUCUGGACAGGGGACUAGGAUUUGGGGAUGGUUCAGAGCAGAGGCAUUUCUGUGAUCUAUUGUUUUGUUUUUCUUUUCAAAAAAUGUAGGUAUUACUGUGUAAUUCUAAAAUACAAGGGGGAAAGAGGGAAAAGUGAAUGGCAUCUGAGGCUCAUAUACUAAUACUGGAUCAAUAUUAAUAUCCAGAUUUCAAUGGUCGUUCUGUGGUUACUUGGUGGAGUCCUGUGUACAUAGGAAGCAUACACUGGAAUAUUAAAGAGUGAUGGACCAAAUGACUUCGACUCGUGGUUCAGAAAUACUCACAAUGGGGAAUCUGAUAGAAGAGCAAAUGGGAGCACUGUGGCCUGUUGUGACAACUUUUGUUACAUGUGAAAUUUAUUUCAAAAUAAAAUGUUUCAAAGGGGAUUCAUACUUCACAGGCUGCUUCCUGCUGUCACAUGCAACUUUUAAACAUUUACAAGAUGUUAGAUUCCUUAAAAGAUGGAUAUCUCUUUCUCUUGGCCUCAUGUCUAGCACUAGAACAUUGCAGGGAAGAAAUACACAGGUGAGCUUUUGCAGAAAUAGUUGCCAGAACUAGCUAGGAAAGACAGGGGACAAUUGGGGGACAUUAUAUGUGUCUGAGCAUUAUGUGAUAUUACAUGAUGAUUUUUCACCUUUUUGGGUGUGAUUUUAGGACUAGGGUUAUUCUAGAAAAUGUCUCAAAAUUAUGCCUGGGGAUGAAUGGCAAGGCGCCUGCGGCUUGCUUGAAGAUACUUGAACACAAGGAAAGAAGCUGAAGUGAAAGUGGGUGAAUAAUCACACUUGUCAGCUCUGGGCCAUGAGCACCUUGGAGUCCACAAUGGCGUCCUUGUUCUUAUGUGCAUUUAAAAUUGUUCACAAAAUCUUAAAACAUCGAGAAACACUUCUCCUUGUUACUUAAAGUAGUUUUGGUUUCCUUUCUAAAAAUUAAGAAUAUUUUAAUAAUUAAAAUGUCUCAAGAGGAGACUACCAGCUCAGUGUGAUUGUAUCUGGGCGGAGAGAUGGAGGGCCAGGGAGAGAAGGGGUUGUCAUUUUUAACUUCACGUAUUUCUGUGGUGCAUGAACUUUCUUAGAAUGUUACUAGCAAGAACUGAACAGUUGAACUAUCACUAAAAUGCUGGCCAUUUACUUCUGGGAAGGGGAUGACUUGGAGAAGAGGCUCUUGGUGAUAGGAGACUUUUAAUUCCAUGUUCUGCAUUUGUUCAUUAUUUAAGUAGUUUACAAAUUAAAAUGCCCAAUUAAACUAAUUUAUAAAAGAUUUCAGGCCAGACCAAAGAAUGUAAAGAAGGUGAAGGUAGAGAUGCCAUCAAACACUUCAACAAAAUAAGCUCAGGUUACAAAACUCUGAUUUACAAUAUGAUUUUUAAACCACUAGAGAAUUUCAUCCUACAAAUAGGCUGUAGUUAACUAAUCCCCUAAGCAAUCUUCAGGUCACUUCUUUAUUUUAGGAUUUCAAAUAUUGAAGCAAUAAACUCCUUGCCCAUCAUUCCUAACUAUUUCCUUAAGAUGUGUUCCUCAGAGUGGAAUUUCUGAUGCAGAGGAGAUGAGGAAGUUCUUGAUAUUACCGCAAGGUGUGGAAUGAAACACCCGUUUCUGCCUAUCAGAUGGGCAAAAAAGGAACGGGGUUGAAAAUUAUAGUUGGCAGGUAAGAGUAGGGGGAAGGUUCCUUUGUGGGCCUCAAAAAUGUGGAGGGCAAGUCCAUAAUAUGAGCCAGUUUAAAUAUUAAGCAUAACCUUUGUUGCCACAGGUGGCCCCUGCAUCAUGUUCUCGGGGUAUCUAGUUAAGUACACACAAAUACAAACACAAAGAAGGAUGUACAGGGAUGGUGUACUAGGUAAAAUUGAGCUCCUCCCGAGCUACAACUAUUUGAGAUGAUAGGGUGUGUUAUAAUUCAAUAAGAAGAAGGAAAUAUGGGCACAAAGAUCUACACAGAGAAUGGUAUCUGGUGACAGACAAGGAGAGAAGGCCUGGUUUAUGGUACUUUGUUCCAGCAGCUAAGAAAAGCAAUAUGGGUGGCCAUUGUGGCACUGUGUGUAAAUAACAAAAGGAGGGAAACAGCCUAGAAGUCCAUCAGUAGGAGACUGCUCUUAAAUUAUGGUAUAUCCAGGCAGUGGAACAUUAUGUGGCCGCUAAAAAUAAUAAGAUCACCAGUACACAUUGUCAAAUGAAAAAAUACAAAAUGUGUAUAAUCAUGUGAAACUUACUACCAUUUCCACAGAAAAUGGAGUAUAUGUUUGAUUCUGAAUUAAAUGGCUUGUAACAGUUAUGACCUCUGAGGUCGGGAGUAGGGGUUCCUAGAGUGUGAAGGAGAGAGGCAUUUCACUAGAUGCUGUUGUGGGAAAGCAUUUCUGUGUUCACUUUUUUGCUACUGUACGUGUGUAUGGGCUGCUUUUCUGCCUCAUUUUCCUUGGGGAGAAAUGGUCACUGGGUCUUGACCUUUUCUCAUUGGUUUAAAGAAUUUAAGAUGUUUUGAAAGUGCUAAUAUUUUCCUGUGGGUUUUGUGGUUGUUGUUUAAAAUUUAAAAGUAAUAAAGUCUCCAUGUUAAAAUGUA